AUGCGGGCCGAGGGGGCGUCCUCGUCUGAGAAGGCAGAGGUGAGCGUCUUACGGAGCCCACUGAGCCCCCACACGUUCAUCGAGCACAUCGACGCAGCGGGGCAGCGCCUUGUCACGCUGCUGUCGUCGCGCUACCCCACCGACGUGACAGAAGCCGUCAGCGUCGUCGUGGCGCUGCGACAGCGAGAAGUGCCGGCAGCGGCGAGUGCAUUCGACAAGGUCCUCGGGUUGGUGUGGAGCCGCCAGUCGUCCAUCAAGGACGCGGCGGUGGACGCUUUCAACAGCAUGUACCUCGAGGGCAGGGACACUGCCACUGCGGUGCGCUCGCUGCUGCAGAUGUACCAGUCGGGGUGCGACGGGGGCAGCUGGACGUACACCCACCUGGCGAGCGUCCAGGAGCUCAUCCAGCAGGCUGCCGAGAAGGAAUACAUCGACGCGAAGCGGGCCAUCCCUGAGCUGGUCACCGCACUGAAGGGCCCGUCGUGCGACAUGGCCCUGCGCGCCCUGACUGCCCUAGGAGCCGCGGCCGCCUCCGAGGCGGCCACAAUGCUCCCGCGCGUCAAGGAGGCCGUGGGCCCCGGUGGCGCCUGCUGCGGCGCGAACCCAGCGGAACGGCUGGAGAGGGCGCGCCUGCUUUGCCAGCUGCUGCAGCGGCUCCAGACCUGCGCCAAGGUGUCCUUCAAGCCCGAGGUGGAGAGCUGCCUGUGGGACCUGUCCGCUCACGCCACCCGACUCGUUGUGGAGUCGUUCUCCCGAGACACCGUGCCGCCCCAGUGGUUCGGCGCCGCGCAGUCUGCGAUGGACUUGUCGUUCGACCUCGCCAUGUCGCUCACGCACCACACGGACCCGAUACAGAGGUGUCCCGACAAGCUUUGGGAGCAGAUCCUGAGCCGCAUGCUCUUCGGCAUCCUGCCACAGCAGGAUCUGGCGACGACGCCGGAGGACGGCGCGGAAGGAGGCGAGGACGCCACGGACGCCGUGGUACCCACGCCGCAGCCUGGCGGGGCCAUGGUGAGCGGCAUGCAGAUCGGCUGCGCCGUCUUCGUCGCGGGCCACCUUGGCCUGCGCACGCUCGUGCUGCUGGAGGGCCUGCAGUCAGCGCUGAAGCGCAAGCGCCUUCAGGAGGAGGAUGCUCGCAUGGCUGAGGCACGCGAGGAGAAGAAACAGAAAAAGGAAAAGGACAAAAAGAAGAGCAAAGGCAAGGGCAAAGGCAAGGAGGAAGAGGACGAGGGCGGCGGCGGAGAGGCCGCGAGCAUGGGGCAGGCUGGCCAGGAAGAGCGCGAGGCGGAGGCCUUCCAGGAGAUCGCCGAGAACGGGCUGCUGUUCGGCAGGAGGAGUCUGCUCGACAGGGUGAAGCCCCUGAUCUUCCAGUGCAUGCUGGAUCCAACCAUGCGCAGCGACGUCACAUUGCGCAGGUUGGGCGCCCUCAGCCUCUGCAAGUUCAUGAUCAUCUCCAAAAGGUUUUGCGAGGACAACUUGAAGUUGCUCUUUUCCAUCCUCUUCCCAAAAGGCAAGAGCACCAGCGUGCUGGCCGGCGGGGACGCCGCGGAGGUCGAGUGCGGCGGCGCUUCUGCGCUUCUCGAGGACAUGACCUUGCGUCAGUCUCUGCUCGUCGCCGUCGGGGACCUCCUGUUCCGCCACCCGAACACGGUGGAGCCCUGGUCGACCAAGCUCUACGCCACGCUGGCCGGCGCCACCGAGGGAGAGCCCGAGCAGGCGGCGCAGAUGCGCCUCACGGCUCUGUUGGUGCUGACGCACCUCGUGCUCAACGACAUGAUGAAGCCACGCUCCGUCCUGCUCGUCCGUGCGCUGUGGCUGACGGCGUGCCCCCACGAGCCCACGGCGCGGGUGGCGCGCAUCCUCUUUUCGGAGCUCGCCAAAAGGACCACCAAUGUGAUCUAUAACUUGCUCCCCCAGAUCAUCACGAACCUGCCCAACCACCAGGAGGCCGCCGGCCAGGUGAGCGGCGGCGCGGAGGGGCGGGUGCAGUACAUCAUGCAGUUCGUGGAGAAGGAGAAGCACAUCGAGGGGCUGAUUGAGAAGCUGACGCUGCGGCUCGAGCAGGCGGCCAACGCGGCAGGUGGCUCCGCCGCGGCGGCGGCCGCGGUCGUGGCCGCCGACACGCAGGCGGCGGAGACGCAGCUGGACGCGGCUGCGGACGUGCAGGAGGGCACGGCGGCCGCGUCGGUGAGCUGCUUGUCGCACGCGAUCGGUGCCAUGAACUACUCGGACCGCACCAUUCUCCGCCUGCACGACGCCGUCGUUGUCCGCAAAGCUGUCAACACGGCGAUCUCCUACCACAGCGUCACGCGUGAUUGCUUCAUGAGCAUAGUG